GUGGUUGGAAAAGGACUGGAACAGCAUUUAACAGUCAACCUACCUUCGGUGACAAUCCAACAGCUCGCAAUAGAGGACAACCUGCCAAACAGCAGGGGGACUGGUGGAUCGGAGGGUACGAAAACAGGUCAUCCAAGGCAGCAACACCUGGAGCAGUUCAGGGAGAUGUUCCCCAAGGAACUCUUGCUUCCCCGUUCUUUAAGAUUGUUGGCAAACGGAUCUCAUUCUUGAUUGGAGGAGGCUGUGACAUUAAGAAAGUUCGUGCUGAGUUGAUUGUUGAUCACCAGGUAAGACAGCCUGACAGAAUUGCUUUCAGUUUUUGGCUUGUUGUGGCACAUUUUUUUAAUUCAGUUUCGAACUCGGCUGGGUAAUAUCAUAAUAGGUGCAACAACUUAUCUAGAAAUUAACAUGAUACUUUCCUUUAUACUCUACGAAUGCCUAACUGUGUUUUGCUGAAGGUGAUAUAAGAGAAGUAUUUCCGAGGUUAAUGAAUAUUCCAGUCAAUCGACUACAAAAACGUCAUGGCUUCUGUUCAAUCCUUCCCAUAUUUUAGCUAGGUUAUGUAGCCCUUUCAUUAUGUAGGCACUGUCAUGUAUAUAUGAAUUUCUAACUUUUCAGAUUGUGCAAUAGCUAUUAAUAUUGAAAUUAAGCAUUGCAAAAGACUAUCUUAGCUUGUCAUCAGUCAUUUUGAGUGGUCGCUUGCAAGAAGCUGAAUUGCAUCUGCCUCUCUUUUCCAGGUUGUCAAAAGUUCUACUGGUUCAUGUACUGAAACAAUGUCUCGCAAAUUCUGGGACGUUCAUGCCUUUGUUGGUCGAACAGCACGUGUCAAAUUGGUGGACUACAGCAGUGGCGGAUGGGGUCACAUCAAUUUUGAUGACCUCGGAGGAGAUAUCAGCUGUGGGCAAA